UAAGAAUCCGAUGAUAUUGUUCCCUCAGGCUUUAUUAUAUACGUUAUCUGGGAUAAAGUUCCCGGGGAGCCUCUCUCUCAGCAGUACUUCUGGAGCCAGACACGUGAAGUUCGCGAUGCUAUUUGUAAAGAAUUCCGUCGAGUUUACGAGUAAGUUCAUCCUCUCUCUCUAUCCAUCGGGUAUCGAGCCAAUUCCCCCUAAAUCAACAAAGCUUAUCUACGAUAAGUUGACCGGAACUAUGCAUAUCUCAGGGUUCUAA